AUGAGCCGCUCUGCGCUCCGAGAUGCUGCGGCGAUAGCAUCGACCAUCUGCCACAUCGCCAAAGACGUCGUUCUCUCUCCGGGCGGAUCGCGUGCCGCAGCGCCGCGCGGGCCUCUUCGUCCUUGGCCCACGCAGCAGGUAGGAAAGCAUGCCAGCGACGGUGCAAAUAGCUCGACAAGUGGCACUCCACCAGAUCAUCCCGGACUUUCCUCGAGCCUAGACAGUGCUGCCGGACCAGGCCCUGAGAGUCGUCCGACAGUUCGUCCAUGGCCCACCCGCACAGAAACUGCCAAGCCGACUGCUCCAAUAGAUGCCGCACCGGUACAAGAAACGCAGCCUCGGCAUCCUGUGCAACAAUCUCCUCCGCCCGAAACGAGAACGCCAGUCAUCGGCUCUCAAGACUUUGUGCCACCAAUAGCGCCCUCCGUGCCCAACUCCGUCGCUCUAGACCCAAGUCCUCCUCGAGUCGAUCCUGCGCCGCCAAAGGUCACGCAAGGCCCACCGAAACCGCCCAUACUGCCCUUCGAGGGCGAAGCAGCAACCAAUGAAGUGUCGUCUGUACCUCCGACACCGUUACCGCCGAAGCCAUCUGCGCCUGCCGAGCCUAUCCAUUCGGACAUCAUCAACGGCUCCGAAGAGUACGACGCCGUCAAAGAGUCCAAGCAUGUACCGCUUCGAGCUGCCAAGGUGCCUUCAUCACGCAUCGGCCGCUUGUUCCACUACGGUGGUCUUGGGGCUGGCCUGGCAUUUGGAGCGGCCGGAUCCCUUCUCCGCGGCGCCUCGUCCAGUGGCGCCGACGGUGCUGCGCCCAACAGCGUCUUCAUGUCGGAGCAAAAUGUGGCACGCCUCGUCGAUAAGCUCUCGACGAUGCGCGGAGCAGCCCUCAAGCUGGGACAAUUCCUCUCGAUCCAGGAGACCAAGCUGCUACCCCCACAGAUCGAGCAAGUACUGCUGCGAGUGCAGAACAGUGCCAACUACAUGCCUAUUUGGCAGAUGAACAAGGUCAUGAGCCAAGAGCUGGGCGGAGCCGACUGGCGCGAGCGCAACUUUAAGGAGUUUGACGACAUCCCCUUUGCAAGCGCCUCGAUCGGACAGGUGCAUUCGGCCGUGUUGCGCGACGACUUUCCUGAUGCCGAGCUGGCCGGUAAGAAGGUGGCUGUCAAGGUGCAGUUCCCCGGUGUGCUCGAGUCGAUCGACUCGGACCUCUCGUACCUUCGCUGGCUGGUGUCUGCAUCGGCGCUGCUACCCAAGGGGCUCUUCCUAGAGAACACGCUGCGUGUACUUGGCCGCGAGCUCAAGGACGAGUGCGAUUACGAGCGCGAGGCCGAGAUGGGUCGCCGCUUCCGUGCCAUCCUGCACGACUCGCGUGAGUUCGAGGUGCCCAAGGUGGUCGACAGCCUUUGCACGUCAAAAGUACUCACGACCGAGAUGAUGCGCGGUCGGCCGUUGAGCAUGGCGUCACGCUAUCCGCAGGCGACGCGCGAUCGCAUCGCCCAGUCGAUCCUCAACCUCUCGCUCUCGGAGCUCUUCCGCUUCCGUCUGAUGCAGACCGAUCCUAACUGGUCGAACUUCCUCUACAACGAGCGUACGGGCAAGAUCCAGCUGAUCGACUUUGGUGCUACGCGCGAGUACUCGAAAGAGUUCAUGGAUAAUUGGCUGCAGAUGCUCCAAGCGGCCGUUGCGAGCGACUACGAUUCGUGCCUCAUCUGGUCGAGAAAGGUUGGCUACCUUACGGGUGACGAGAGCGCUGCCAUGGAGCAGGCUCACGUCGAGUCCAUGAUCGCUCUUGGAGAGCCGUUCCGCCCGGACGCUCCGGAUCCGUAUCCUUUCGAGCAUCAGACGAUCACGGAUCGGGUCAAGGCGCAGAUCCCGCUCAUGCUGCGGGAGCGUCUCACGCCUCCGCCGCAGGAGACGUACAGUCUGAACCGCAAGCUCAGCGGCGCCUUUCUGCUGUGUGCGCGUCUCAAGGCGCACGUCAACUGUCGUCAGCUCUUUGAGCAGGUGGAAGCCGACUAUACCUUUGGCCCGCAGCCCUCCCAAAGCGUGACGGCCAGCAGCAGCGCGGCCACCACAACUUCCUUCGGCUCUGCCGAGCAGAGGAGGCAAUUCCACACCGCUUUCCGCAGAGCACGCGAGGAGCCGAGUUCGGUCGUUCCGAGACGAAAGCACGGCCGCAAUCUUCUGGACCGCUUCCCACGCUCCAAAGUCGUGCUCUCGGACGAAGCCGCUACUCCCUCGCAGGGCUCGUCCGAGAUCGGCGACAGGGUCGAGUCGCUUGCCGCAGCGCCUACAGCCUCGCCCUCGAUGCUAGUGACGCCCGCCAACGCAGUGGAAGCGAACAGCACCGAGGGCAUCGACGUGGCCCGCGGCGCAACACCGGCCGAGGUCACGCCCACGCCGGCUGCGACUGCGGCAACACCGGCAGCCAACGUCAGCAUGGGUCCCACAACGAUCCGGGGCAUCGUGAUCCCGCUCAAGCCUCCCCCGCCUGGGCCCGAGGAAUGCUGCAUGUCAGGUUGCGCGCACUGUGCCUACGACAUCUACGCAGAGGAUCUGGAAGACUUUCAUUCGCGCCUCUCGUCGGUGCGCACCCAGCUCACCCAGCUGUCACCUGCCGUCACGCGCGACGAGUGGCGCACCGACCUUCUCGGCGACUAUCCGUCUGCCUCGUCUUCCGACGGAUCGGUCAGCACCGACGCCGGCAAUGCCGAAUCAGAACACGAGCUGCGCGAGCGCGCCCAACGCGAGGUGGACCGCGUGAUUGGCGACCUCGAUCCCACCUUGAGGGCCUUCCUCGAGAUGGAACGCAAGCUCAAGAAGCAGGAGCGUGAAAGGUCCAAUGCUGCUCAGACUGGCUAG